GCAGAGGGUGUGGGAGGAGUCACAUGUGCCAGAAUCUUCUCUUCAGACGUGUCACAGAGAGUCCCCUCCAGGCACUCUUGUUGGGUCUCAGUGCUGGACAUUGGAGGACUUUUCUGACUGAGGAUCAUUGUGCCCUCUCUGGAUCCACUGGAAAGCUCUGGGCAGCCACGUGAGCCUUGGUUUGACUUCCAUCCUCCAUGAUUUUCCCUUUGCUUGUCAGAGGAGGUUUGGAAUAACUUGGAUGUCAGGGACUCUGAGCCAGACCCCAUUCUCUUUCAUUCCCUCCUGAAAAGCCCAGUCCUCACUGUCCCAUAAGGCUCUGACCAGUGAAAAGAUGGAGCUGCAUGAUUUCCAAAGAGAAUCCUUUUCUUGGCCUCAAGCCACAGCUGCUUCCCUCUGACCUGCUGCUUGUCUUUGGAUCCAGGAUGGACACUCGCCACCCGCUCUUCCUCUCCUGGGACUCCCCACUCUCCUGACUCUGUGCCCCCUGGGGCAGGAUGGGGCAGCCACUAAAACCUCAUUCAGACCAGGGCACAUAAAAUGUCUUGGGAACUCACAGACCCAAGUCCAAGCCCCAGUGCCCCACGGUCUCAGACACAAGUCCCUGCCUUUCAGAGACACAGCUCUGUGAGAGCCAGAGAACCUGGCUGCCUGCUCUGCUGCCACCCCCUUCCUUCCCCUUUAUUUCAGCCCCAUCAGCUCCUCUGGUCACGCCCCUUCUUGGCCCCAUUCCUACUUUCAGUCCCUCUGGCUCCGUCCAGCCCGGAGUGAGGGUGCAGACCUCCUCCCACCCCACGCUCUGAGCACCUCCCUCAGCAUCAAGUGUCUGCUUUCAGGGUGACCUUGUCCUCAGACUUGACUGGAGGAAGAAAGAGAGGAAGCCCCUACUUUAGCUCACGAUGUGCAUGAAUCUGACCUGGAAUCAGACCCGGUUGAGGACCAGAGAAGGGCAACAGGGCCAGAACAGGGAGUUUGACUCUUAGAAAUGCACAGAGAGUGAACAGCUCAGGCUAAGAAGAGACCUGACUUGGACAGAAACAGACUGACUGCAUUCCAGGUGCAGCCUUGUCAGCUCUAAGGCUGAGUCAGGGGAGCCUGGGAAGGGAUGGCCCCUGCACCGGAACAUUUCCCAGGACCUCUUCUCAGCCUGGCACCCAUAGGAAGACCAGAGGACUCAGGUUUCCUGCGUGCCAGGCAGGGUCACCCUCCAGCAGUCCAGUCCCAGGGGCCUCUUUAGGGCCAGAGCAGCAGCUGAGGAACUCCCUGCUUUAUGGCUUCUCAUGUUCACCAAAAUAGCUCAAUAGAAUUUUGGGAGAAUUCCUCAAUGACUGCUCUGGGGUGAGGGUCUCCCAGCAUUGUGGCCAUGUUCUGUUGUUCAGGAGAUUUGGGCUGAGGUAUCCAGGAUGCAUAAAGAGAUACCUGCCUUGACAGCUCAGGCUGGAGGAGGGAAACAGAAGCUCAGAAAUAUUCUAGAGACCCUGAGCAAGGGCCUGGGGGAGCUUUGGUAUUCUGGUGGAGAUUCUGUGAGUGGAGAAGGGGUCAGGUCAUCUUCUCAGAGGGGCUCUGAAGGCUGCUCUGAGUUUGACAGCAGAUGAGCACCUUGAGAAGAACAGGUGACAGGACAUGGUAGAAAUGCCCCCAUGUGCGGGAUUCUCAAUGGGGUCCUGGGGAUGGUGCUGGACCUUCUGAAUUGGGCAGGAAGGGAAAGUUUGUCAAUCAGUUCUUUUCAACAUUUAGAUUAUUGAAAUCCUUAGGGGAUCCUCUAAGCCCCUCACCUGAGGGGUCUGUCCAUCAUUUGCUGCCUGAACACGGGCAGGUUCCUCUCCCUAGCCAAGUCUCAGGGUCACCACUUUAAAAAUGGGGAAUAUAGCAACAUGCCUUAGAUUCCUCAUGAGGGAGAGCUGAGAUCUUGGAUGAAUGGUACCAGUCCCUGCUGUGCCUUGUGCAUGCUCAAUCAACAGAGACACUCAGGAUGACCUUUGGUGCUGAGCUCACCCUCAGCCUCAGGCUCACAAAGUGAGGGCAGGUGAAGUAGAAGCCGCACUGAGCCCGUUUCAGUUUAACUCGAUUGCACACAUAGCAGGGCAUUGAUAGUGAGGUCAGAAAUGUGGAGAAAGAACAUUUACAGAAAUAUUCCAUGAUGGAGAACAUCCUUCAAAGUACUGCAGUUUUGGAAGCCAGUGGCAUCUCCGAGCUGUUUGGGUUUCAUAUGGAAUGGGAGAGAAAGGCCUGGAGGACUUUCUGGAGGCGGGGGACGUUCUUGCUACUUUGUGCCCUAAAAUAGCAGAAGAAUGACUGUGUGAUCCUGCUUAGGAUGGGAGCCAUCCCUGAACUUAGCAGAUCUUUUAACAUGAAAUAGAGCUUCCAGGUUUUGUUGGGGAAAUGUAUUGUACAUUUGCACACAAUACAACCAGAUGUGUGCACCGUUCUUAAAGACAGGAAGGCUGAGUUUCUCUCUCUUCCUUCCUUCCUUUCUUUCUUUCUUUCUUUCUUUUCUUUUCUUUUCUUUCUUUCUUUCUUUCUUUCCUUCUUUCUUUCUUUCUUUCUUUCUUUCAUUUCCUUCCCUCCCUCCCUCCCUCCCUCCCUCCCUCCCUCCCUCCCUUCCUUCCUCCCUCCCUCCCUUCCUUCCUUCCUUCCUUCCUCUGGCAUCUGCCCCAGCUCACAUUCUCAGAUUCCAUCUUCCCAGGCUGAUUUUCUGAGGCGAGCCCAUCAUUUUUGGGAGUAAACACGCUUUCCCUUGUAGUAGAGGCCAAGACUGUAUCUGCCUCCUCUGCCCUUAAAGACAAUGUCGUGUUUGAAGAGUCUGCACUGUCUCUUUUGUAAUUAUUCCCUUUUUAAUUUUUAAACUCAAUCUAGACAGAGUCUUUCAAUCCUUCUGUGGAGAUGCCCACAAAAUACCCACCAUGUUUUAUGCUGUCUUGGUUCCUUUCCAGGAUUCUAUUAGAACACCCGGUCCCAUCCUGCCCAGCCCCCACCUCACUUUGUCAUUCUGUCCUGAUUUCCUGCAGUGAAGCCUUGACCUUAGUCUUGUGAUCAAUCACACCCUCCGUGGUUCCCUUUUCAACCUGAACCCACAUAUGACCUGCCCUGUUAUAAAACAUAAAACCCAGGUGACCACUGGAUAAAGGAGCUUUUUAAUCCAUUUUCUUAGGGUGGACAUCACUGUCUUUUUAAAGCUGUUUUAACUGUCUUAACGAAACGUGUUGAUAAUUUCGAUGUGGCCACAGAUUUUUCCAUAAAGAUAUCAUCAGGUUUUGUUUUUUCUUUCUAAUGCCAGGAACAGAUUAAACCUUCCAUGUCACUAUGAAGGUCACAUAUUAGUCAAACUUCAUCAGUGUUUGGGGAAUAAAUGAAUUAAUGAGUUUUGGACUUUCACCCUGUAAUUUAUUCUUUCACUUUCAUAAAUGCACAUCUAAUUUAAUCAAUGAAUCAGAAGAAAGUGUAAAACUCAAUCAGGAUUAAGUAGGUGGAACUUCGGAAUCUAAUCAGGUAUCACUUUCUGAUUGGAAGCUGGUGAUUGAGAAGGGGAGGGUGUGGUUAGAAACAUCAAUAAAAGCUCCUGAGUUUGCACAGGAGAGACCCAAAGCCCUGGUGCCUGGAACUACUGCUUGAUUCUCUGAGAGAUCCCAGCACCCUGCAAACUGAGUCCAGAUCUGAGUUUUCCCUUGCAGAUUCAUCAAGAUGAGCAUCAGGGCCCCACCCAGACUCCUGGAGCUGGCAAGGCAGAGGCUGCUGAGGGACCAGGCCUUGGCCAUCUCCACCGUGGAGGAGCUGCCCAGGGAGCUCUUCCCCACACUGUUCAUGGAAGCCUUCAGCAGGAGACGCUGUGAAACCCUGAAAACGAUGGUGCAGGCCUGGCCUUUCACCUGCCUCCCUCUAGGGUCCCUGAUGAAGUCGCCUCAUCUGGAGUCGUUAAAAUCUGUGCUGGAAGGGGUUGAUGUGCUGCUGACCCAAGAGGUUCGCCCCAGGCAGUCAAAACUUCAAGUGCUGGACUUGAGGAAUGUGGAUGAGAACUUCUGCGACAUAUUGUCUGGAGCUGCUGCAUCCUUCCCGGAGGCUCCGAGUCAGAAGCAAACAGCAGAUAACUGUCCAGGGACAGGCGGGCAGCAGCCAUUCAUGGUGUUCAUAGACCUUUGUCUCAAGAACAGGACACUGGAUGAAUGCCUCACCCACCUCUUAGAGUGGGGCAAGCAGAGAAAAGGCUUACUGCAUGUGUGUUGCAAGGAGCUGCAGGUUUUUGGAAUGCCCAUCCACAGUAUCAUAGAGGUCCUGAACAUGGUGGAGCUUGACUGUAUCCAGGAGGUGGAAGUGUGCUGCCCCUGGGAGCUGUCCAUUCUUGUCAAGUUUGCCCCUUACCUGGGCCAGAUGAGGAAUCUCCGCAAACUUGUUCUCUUCAACAUCCAUGCAUCUGCCCGCAUUCCCCCAGACAACAAGGGGCAGUUCAUUGCCCGAUUCACCUCUCAGUUCCACAAGCUGGACUAUUUCCAGAAUCUGUUUAUGCACUCUGUCUCUUUCCUCGAAGGCCACCUGGACCAGCUGCUCAGGUGUCUCCAGGCCCCCUUGGAGAUGGUCGUUAUGACCGACUGCCUGCUGUCACAGUCGGACUUGAAGCAUCUCUCUUGGUGCCCGAGCAUCCGUCAAUUAAAGGAGCUGGACCUGAGGGGCGUCACACUGACCCAUUUCAGCCCUGAGCCCCUCGCAGGUCUGCUGGAGCAAGUUGUGGCCACCCUGCAGACCCUGGACUUAGAGGACUGUGGUAUCAUGGAUUCCCAACUCAGCGCCAUCCUGCCUGUCCUGAGCCGCUGCUCCCAGCUCAGCACCUUCAGCUUCUGUGGGAACCUCAUCUCCAUGGCUGCCCUUGAGAACCUGCUGCGCCACACCGUCGGGCUGAGCAGGCUAAGCCUGGAGCUGUAUCCUGCCCCUCUGGAGAGUUAUGACACCCAGGGUGCUCUCUGCUGGGGGAGAUUUGCUGAACUUGGGGCUGAGCUGAUGAAGACACUGAGGGACUUAAGGCAGCCCAAGAUCAUUGUGUUCUGCACCGUCCCCUGCCCUCGCUGUGGCAUCAGGGCCUCCUAUGACCUGGAGCCCAGUCACUGCCUCUGCUGAAUGCCUGCCAUCAGGGUGGAUAUAUUUCAAGCUUUCUUCUGGUCAUUUUGCAGCUGAAACCUAGGCCAUGAGUGCAUGUUAAAGGGAGCACAGACCCAUCGUUUCAAAUGCCUCCUCAGUGUGAAUGGGAAAGGAAUGAGGAUGCAGGAGGGGCAGGACUGGGGGAAAAGUUGACUUGGAGUGGAUGGGCUCUUUAGAGACCUGUGUCCCAGAGAAUCAGAAAUGGGAAUCUGAAUUGCUAGAGUGAGAAUCGGGGAGGAGAGACACAUGAGAGGGUUACCCCUGCACAGAUGGUUGUAAAGUAACAGUCAGAA